CCUGCAGUACUGUUUCAACUGAGCCUGCGCUGCUCCUGCUCAGACGGUGCCUUUUUUGUUUGAGGGGGGAAAAAAAGGGGGACUUAAAAAUGAGGAGGGGGCGCUAGAGUUGUCAAAGGUGCGGCAAGGCAGUUUCCCAGCCUGCAGUGAGAGGAGAAAGGGGAAUGAAAAGCAGAGGAGAGCUGGCCACAUCGACUAGAAAAAGAUAACAAGGCGGCGAUAGCUAGGUACUGACCAGGCGUGUAUUUUCGGCCGGGCGCCACCUGCUGGUGUCUUGCUUUUUUGUUAGUGGGAUCAGCUGAGCGAUGUCCACCCCAGACCCCCCGAUGGGGGGCACCCCCCGGCCAGGUCCUUCCCCAGGUCCCGGACCCUCCCCUGGCCCCACCCACAGCAUGAUGGGCCCCAGCCCAGGACCGCCUUCUUCGGGGCACCCGCCCCUGGUGGCUUCCGGAUAUUCCCAGGAGAACAUGCACCAAAUGCACAAAGCCUGUGUUUCUCCUCAGCCCAUGGAGGGCAUGCAUGAGAAGAACGCAGCAGACGACCCUCGUUUCGGGCAGAUGAAGGGCAUGGCGAUGCGACCUGGGGCCCACAGCGGGAUGGCCCCGCCUCCUAGCCCCAUGGACCAGCAUUCCCAAGGCUACCCCUCUCCUCUGGGGGGUUCUGAGCACGCUCCCAGCCCUGCCCCUGCCACCGGCCCCCCCUCUGCUCCCCUCAUGCCCUCGGGGGGCCAGGUUGCCCUGGACAGUGGAGAUCCCCAAGCUGUGGGCCAGCAGAACCGGAGCACGGUCCAGCCGGGUGAAUGCGCCACCCCUGGCGGCACCAGCGGCGCCGGCGGGCCCACGCCAUUCAACCAGAACCAGCUGCACCAGCUGCGGGCCCAGAUCAUGGCUUAUAAGAUGUUGGCGCGCGGGCAGCCCCUGCCGGACCACCUGCAGAUGGCAGUGCAGGGCAAGAGGCCCAUGUCUGGGAUUCAGCAGCUGCCGGUGUCCAGCCCGCCGUCUGCUCUCGGAUCUGGCCCCGGGACGGGCGCCGGGCCCAACGCCUCUGGCUACGGCAGAUCCCACGGAAUGGGAGGCCCCAACAUGCCCCCCCCAGGACCCUCUGGAGUCCCACCUGGAAUGCAGGGACAGCCCCCCAAUGCCCCCCCGAAAACGUGGCCCGAAGGGCCAGUGGUGAACGCGGCAGCGCCCUCUAGUGCCCCCCAGAAGCUGAUCCCCCCGCAGCCGUCAGGCCAUCCUUCUCCUGCACCCCCUUCGGUGCCCCCUGCGGCCUCCCCGGUCAUGCCGCCGCAGACCCAGUCCCCCGGGCAGCCCGCCCAGCCCGCCUCCAUGGUACCGCUGCAUCAGAAACAGAACCGAAUCACGCCGGUUCAGAAGCCCUGCGGCCUGGACCCGGUGGAGAUCCUGCAGGAGCGCGAGUAUAGGCUCCAGGCUCGAAUCGCACACCGCAUCCAGGAGCUCGAGAACCUGCCCGGUUCACUGGCCGGGGACCUGAGAACCAAAGCUAACAUUGAGCUGAAGGCGUUACGGCUGCUGAACUUCCAGAGGCAGCUGCGUCAGGAGGUGGUGGUGUGCAUGAGGCGUGACACAGCGCUGGAGACGUCCCUCGACGCCAAGGCCUACAAGCGCAGCAAGCGGCAGUCGCUGAGAGAGGCCCGCAUCACCGAGAAGCUGGAGAAGCAGCAGAAGAUCGAGCAGGAGCGCAAGCGCCGGCAGAAACACCAGGAGUAUCUUAACAGCAUUCUCCAGCAUGCCAAGGACUUCAAGGAGUACCACCGGUCCAUCACAGGGAAGAUCCAGAAGCUGACCAAGGCCGUAGCCACCUACCACGCCAACACGGAGCGUGAGCAGAAGAAGGAGAACGAGCGCAUCGAGAAGGAGAGGAUGCGGAGGCUGAUGGCCGAGGAUGAGGAAGGCUACCGGAAGCUGAUCGACCAGAAGAAGGACAAGAGGCUCGCCUACCUGCUGCAACAGACAGACGAGUAUGUGGCCAACCUUACUGAGCUGGUACGGGCACACAAGGCGGUCCAGGCCCUCAAGGAGAAGAAGAAGAAGAAGAAGAAAAAGCAGAAGCUGGAGAACGCCGAGGGCCAGACCCCUGCCUUGGGGCCAGAUGGAGAGCCUCUAGACGAGACCAGCCAGAUGAGUGAUCUGCCUGUCAAGGUCAUUCAUGUGGACAGUGGAAAGAUCCUGACCGGGGUGGACGCCCCCAAGGCCGGCCAGCUGGAGGCCUGGCUUGAGAUGAACCCUGGGUACGAAGUGGCCCCAAGAUCAGACAGCGAGGACAGUGGUUCGGAGGAGGAAGAGGAAGAGGAAGAGGAUCAGCCCCAGCCCUUCCAAACCAGCGUGGAGGAGAAGAAGAAGAUCCCCGACCCGGACAGCGAGGACGUCUCGGAGGUGGACGUCCGUCACAUCAUCGAGCACGCCAAGCAGGACGUGGAUGAUGAGUAUGGUAGUGCAGCCUUCGCCCGCGGCCUGCAGUCCUACUACGCCGUGGCCCACGCCGUUACGGAGCGGGUGGAUCGCCAGUCCUCCCUACUGAUCAACGGGCAGCUGAAGCAGUACCAGAUCAAGGGUCUGGAGUGGCUGGUAUCUCUGUACAACAAUAACCUGAAUGGCAUCCUGGCGGACGAGAUGGGACUGGGAAAGACCAUCCAGACCAUCGCGCUCAUCACCCACCUGAUGGAGUACAAGCGCAUUAACGGGCCCUUCCUCAUCAUCGUGCCGCUCUCAACUCUCUCUAAUUGGGUAUAUGAGUUUGAUAAGUGGGCCCCAUCUGUGGUGAAAGUCUCUUAUAAGGGCUCACCGGCUGCCAGGCGGGCCUUUGUGCCACAGCUGCGCAGUGGCAAGUUCAACGUGCUGCUCACCACCUACGAGUACAUCAUCAAGGACAAGCAAGUGCUGGCCAAGAUCCGCUGGAAAUACAUGAUCGUGGACGAGGGCCACCGCAUGAAGAACCACCACUGCAAGCUGACGCAGGUGCUGAACACGCAUUACCUGGCGCCGCGGCGCGUGUUGCUCACCGGCACGCCGCUGCAGAACAAGCUUCCCGAGCUCUGGGCCCUGCUGAACUUCCUGCUGCCCACCAUCUUCAAGAGCUGCAGCACCUUCGAGCAGUGGUUCAACGCGCCCUUCGCCAUGACUGGAGAGAAGGUGGAUUUGAACGAGGAGGAGACCAUCCUGAUCAUUCGCCGCCUUCACAAGGUGCUCCGGCCGUUCCUGCUCCGCCGGCUGAAGAAGGAGGUGGAGGCACAGCUGCCUGAGAAAGUUGAGUAUGUGAUUAAGUGCGACAUGUCAGCCCUGCAGAGGGUGCUCUACCGGCAUAUGCAGGCCAAAGGGGUUCUGCUCACUGACGGCUCCGAAAAGGACAAGAAGGUGAGGGCGCGUGAGGGCAAAGGUGGGACGAAGACCCUGAUGAACACCAUCAUGCAGCUGAGGAAGAUCUGCAACCACCCAUACAUGUUCCAGCAGAUCGAGGAAUCUUUCUCCGAGCACCUAGGAUUCACCGGUGGGAUAGUCCAGGGGGCGGACCUGUACCGCGCCUCGGGCAAGUUCGAGGUUCUGGACCGCAUCCUGCCCAAGCUGCGAGCCACCGGACACAAGGUGCUGCUCUUCUGCCAGAUGACCUCGCUCAUGACCAUCAUGGAAGACUACUUCGCCUACCGCAACUUCAAGUACUUGCGCUUGGACGGCACCACCAAGGCGGAGGACCGUGGCAUGCUGCUGAAGACCUUCAAUGACCCGGCCUCCCAGUACUUCAUCUUCCUCCUUAGCACACGGGCCGGCGGUCUGGGCCUCAACCUGCAGUCGGCUGACACUGUGGUCAUCUUCGACAGCGACUGGAACCCCCACCAGGACCUGCAGGCCCAGGACCGCGCCCACCGCAUCGGGCAGCUGAACGAGGUGCGCGUCCUCCGCCUCUGCACCGUCAACAGCGUGGAGGAGAAGAUCCUGGCAGCCGCCAAGUACAAGCUCAACGUGGACCAGAAGGUCAUCCAGGCCGGCAUGUUCGACCAGAAGUCCUCCAGCCAUGAGCGCCGCGCCUUCCUGCAGGCCAUCUUGGAACACGAGGAGCAGGACGAGGAGGAGGACGAGGUUCCUGACGAUGAGACUGUCAAUCAGAUGAUUGCCAGGAGCGAAGAGGAGUUUGACCACUUCAUGCGCAUGGACCUGGACCGGCGCCGGGAGGAGGCGCGGAAUCCCAAGCGCAAGCCGCGUCUCAUGGAGGAGGACGAGCUGCCCACCUGGAUCAUGAAGGACGACGCCGAGGUGGAGCGGCUCACCUGCGAGGAGGAGGAGGAGAAGAUGUUCGGCCGCGGAUCCCGCCAGCGUAAGGAGGUGGACUACAGCGACUCGCUCACCGAGAAGCAGUGGCUGAAGGCCAUCGAGGAGGGCACGCUGGAGGAGAUAGAAGAGGAGGUGCGUCACAAAAAAACCACCCGCAAGCGUAAGCGGGACCGCGACCCCGCCAUGCCUGGCUCCAGCGGCACCCGCAGCCGGGACUGGGACGAGGAGAGCAAGCGACAGAAGAAGCGAGGGCGCCCCCCUGUGGAGAAGAGGUCACCCAACCCGCCGAAUCUCACCAAGAAGAUGAGGAAGAUCGUGGACGCCGUUGUCAAGUACAAGGACAGCAGUAAUGGGCGCCAGCUCAGCGAGGUCUUUAUCCAGCUGCCGUCCCGCAAAGAACUGCCCGAGUACUACGAGCUCAUCCGCCGACCCGUCGACUUCCGCAAGAUCAAGGAACGGAUACGGAGCCAUCGGUACCGAGGUCUCAACGACCUGGAGAAAGACGUGAUGCUGCUGUGCCAGAAUGCGCAGACCUUCAACCUGGAGGGCUCCCUGAUAUACGAGGACUCCAUAGUGCUGCAGUCCGUCUUCACCAGCGUCCGACAGAAGAUUGAGAAGGAGGAGGACACAGACAGCGAUGACAGCGAAGAGGAAGAGGAGGAGGCAGACGAUGGCUCCGAGUCUGAGUCUCGGUCUGUGAGGGUGAAGAUAAGACUGGGGAAGAAGGAGAAGGGGCAGGAUCGGGGUAAAGGACGUCGCAGAACGGCGCGUAGCUCCCGCGCGAAGCCGGUGGUGAGCGAUGACGACAGCGAGGAGGAGCAGGAGGAGGAGCAUUCGGUCAGCGGCAGCGAGGACGACUGAGUCUCACUCCGAAGGACCAGAUCAACUCAGCAGCCUUCAACCGGCCAUAUUUCCCACUGGAUUCAUGGCAGGAAGUAUAGGCAGUGUGGGAAAGGGGGUAAAUGUGUUUAGAUAAACUGUUUCUAGUGAAUAAUGUAUUCAAUGUUUAGAUAAUCAAAGAAACCCCCCAAACAGCACCCACUUCCAUAUGUGACCCAGAUGUCGUCCUGUGCCUGGCAUGCAUGAUGAUUCUUCCCUUGUUCAGUGGAGUUUUUGAGUCGCCUUGGAGCCGAAUCGUGCUCUGCGGCGGCACCCGUACCUUCAGUUCUUUGUGGAUUAGCUUUGUGGUUUUUCAGUGGCAGAGCUGUUGGCCAGACUCUGGGCCUGCAGCCCAUCCCAGAUGCAGCACGCGUCUGCGGGAGCACAUCGUGACCUGUCGCCCUCCAUCCUCCUUCUCGUAGUUCAACUUAAGAAGAGCAAAAAUGCAGCCGAUCCCGCGUCCCCGCCAUGCCCCGCCCCUUUCAAACAAGGGCGGGGUCAUGAAGGGAAGAGGCUGAUUUUACCUGCAGGCGAACUCACUUGUUCCUCCAAUAAAAGGGUCUUACAAA